AUGCAAGCACUUUGGUCUCGAAUAGCACAGACCGGACUCAGCUGCCAUUGCCCGUCAUGUGUGUCGGCCGGUGCCAGCGGACUUGCUAGGCAGUCCACCAAUGCCGCCGGCAGGAGGCCGGUGAGAUGGGCAUUGUCGUCGACUUUCGUAUACUCGGGCAUCUUUGCCGCCGCCGCUACUACCGAUGCUGGAUUCAAACAAAAGAGACGCGAACAAUGGGAUCGUGCUAUCGCAGACAUCAAACACGAUCUGGACGAUUCUCAAUUGGACAAGAGAACCCAAGCCAGGCAACAGACGGAAGAACAUCCCCAGGCCGGGAAAGAGCAGGAAGAGUUAUACAGGUGGAAACCGCUCUUUGACGACCCGCAGGACGCCGUUCUCGAAGAUCAACACCAAGAAACACAUCUUGAUGGCCCAGUAUGGCCAGAGAAUACAGGAGCCGGCCUACAUCGACCCUUUGUCGCUCCCACGUCUAUCUAUGCAAGGCCUUCCGCCCGAGAAAGGGCACUCGCCGCCCGCUGGACGACAAAGAAGAUACGCACAACCGAGUUGGCUGUCGACAAGCUUAUUCUUCGCAUGCUUUUACAUCUGGAUGAACUCAAUGCUCGUAAAGAUAUAGCUGCUGCUGUACCCGAACAAUGUCACGAUCUCUUCGGCGCCCCUGCUUCUCGCCUCAAGGCUCUUCUGCUAUACACCAAUGACCGACACAUGGAGGCCACCACCUCCCCAGAUCCGCAUGCGCACUUCAACGAUCUCCCACAACAACACAAACAUGGUGUCACCUAUCGACAGGAUGGGUUUGGUGAAUACCACCAGACUGCACAAGAUCUGAACUCUGCUCUGGGCCUGCUGUUUAAGAAGAAAGAAUCAGGCCAACUAGCCUAUGAGCAACUUGUUGCAAGGAUAGCCUACAAUCUCUACAUCUCUUCAGCAGCUCCCAACUUGGAUUGCUGGAAUACCUUACUUCGCGGCUUCAUGGAAUGCGAAAACAUCGGCCUGGUGAACCCAACACUAUAUGCUAUCCAGAAUGCCAAUGUCCGUCGCAACGAGACCACAAUAAAGGCUACGCUCAAGUAUUAUAUCAUGAUCAACCGGUCCAGCGAGUUCACCGCCUUCGUUGAUAAAGUUCGUGGCUCGGGAAAAGGUCUGAUGCUCGCAAAGCCCACCAUCACUGUCAACGACUCAGGUCGUUCUCGUCUGGUGGUGAAAGAGAAUGGCAAGAUUGUUCAAAAGCCAUAUCACACGCCAGCAGUCACGGAAAUCAUUGUUUAUGGCGUCUUGCACUUUAUCGGCUUCGACGCAGCCGUCCGCAUUGCAACAGACAUGGGUCAAGAAGGAUGGGGUCUAUCUAUCCGUGGUUUGACUCCACUACUUGAUGAUCGAGCGCGAAAAGCAGACUACAAAGUCGGAUGCCAGAUAUGGGAUCUGAUCAAAAGGCUUCAAGAGGAGAGCAGAGCCAAAGGCAAGCCAGAAAGAUUGUUCGCCCGCACGUACUCGGCGAUGAUGCGUUUGUGUAGUGCUUGCAACGAAAUGGUCCGCUUCGACGAGAUAUUGCGCGAAGCACGGGCUGCCAAAUACGAGCAUCGAGAGUUGCUGAAUAUGUUCAGGCAAGAAAUGCUCAAAGGAUCGUCUCCAGUGCGUCAAUUGGAAGACCCCAAUUCGAACCUGCAGCGAUAUACGCGAGGGGUCACGCAAGCGGACAUUGAGAACAUUGAAGAGAAGGAGCCUGAAAAAGUGGAUGAAGAGGUCUGGACGGCGUCGGAAACUCGUUCUGUAAUGCCAGCACUCAGUGCUGACCCUACCUCUGGUUCAGAUCUGGACUUGGACGAUAAAGUUGGUUGGCUACCAGAAUCUCCUACCAUCACAACAUCCCCCAGUGUUGACUCUAGCUCUGGUCUGGAUUACCAGGAUGAGGAUGCUUGGCUGGACAGACCAAUGAAACUAAGCCAAUAA